CCGGGGGGUGGGUGGAGUUUAGGCGGGCGCGCACGCGUAGGCUGUGGUGAAAAUCGGGGCGCUCUGGGCGGGUUUACGGUUCUGGCACUCAGACCGAGCGGAGCCCGAGUCUCACCGGGAGCGGCCGGAGACACCAGGGGACAGAAAGAAUGAUCGAGCGGCCCGAUCCGAAUGCGGGCGGCGGAGGAGGCCCGCAUGCCCGUUCCCUGGAGGGAUAUGUGGGAUUUGCAAACCUCCCAAAUCAAGUGUACCGCAAGUCAGUGAAACGGGGAUUUGAGUUCACGCUAAUGGUUGUGGGGGAGUCAGGACUCGGCAAAUCAACAUUGAUCAAUUCACUCUUCCUGUCAGACCUGUAUUCCAAGGAAUACCCCGGGCCCUCGCUCAGGAUCAAGAAAACUGUACAGGUUGAGCAGGUAAAGGUUCUGGUUAAAGAAGGUGGUGUACAGCUCACACUGACCAUCGUUGACACCCCAGGGUUCGGAGAUGCAGUGGACAACAGUAACUGUUGGCAGCCGGUCAUAAACUACAUUGACAGCAAGUUUGAGGAUUUCCUAAACUCUGAGUCCCGAGUGAACCGGCGGCAAAUGGCAGACACACGUGUGCACUGCUGCCUGUAUUUCAUCGCUCCGUCAGGACAUGGGCUGAAGCCUUUGGACAUCGAGUUCAUGAAACGUUUACACGACAAGGUGAACAUUAUUCCACUCAUUGCUAAAGCAGACACGCUCACCCCUGAGGAAUGCCAACACUUCAAAAAGCUGAUAAUGAAAGAGAUCAAGGAGCAGAAGAUUAAGAUUUAUGAAUUUCCAGGUACAGAAGAUGAAGAGGAUAAUAAGUUGGUGAAAAAAUUUAAGGACCAUGUACCGCUGGCAGUUGUUGGAAGCACCUUUGUCUUUGAGGUCAGUGGGAGGAAGGUUAGAGGUCGUCAAUAUCCAUGGGGAGUGGCAGAAGUUGAAAAUGGCGAGCAUUGCGACUUCUCCCUUUUACGUAACAUGCUGAUCAGGACACACAUGCAGGAUCUGAAGGAUAUUACGAAUAACGUCCAUUAUGAGAACUACCGGAGUCGGAAGCUGGCAGCAGUGACUGGCAAUGGGGUGGAUACCAGCAAGACUAAAGGACCCCUCACCAGGAGUCCUUUAGCAGAAAUGGAGGAAGAGCGUCGAGAGCAUGUGGCCAAGAUGAAGAAGAUGGAGACGGAGAUGGAGCAGGUCUUUGAGAUGAAGGUUAAAGAAAAGAAGCAGAAACUGAAGGACUCGGAGAAUGAGCUGCAGCGCCGACACGAGCAGAUGAAGAAGAAUCUGGAGGCUCAAUACAAGGAGCUGGAGGAGAAACGGAAACAGUUUGAGGAGGAGAAAGCAUCAUGGGAAAUGGAGCAACGUUUGUUGGAGCAGCAGAGGCUGGAUACCUCAAAAACGAUGGAAAAAAACAAGAAGAAAGGGAAGAUUUUCUGAGGAUGUUUAUUAUUGUACGAAAGUUUCUGGCUGACAUCAUUGUCCAUCCUGCAGCUUCUGGACGUCAAUAAAAGCCGCUCAUCACACAUUUACUGAACUGCGUUUGUACCACAGCACUGCUGAUCAAACGAUAAAUCUACAUAGGAUCCAGGCAUUGAGCUCCUUCUCAAUGAGCCUCUUAUUGCAGCAUUUUAGACUCGUAGUAACCAUGAGUCACACAGGGUAAGGGAAGCUUCCUUAUGGCUGCCAACACUGCAAUGCUCUUUCCCUUGACCUCCCUCUGAUUAAAGGGUAAACCAUCAACUUCCCAAUCCCUGUCUGCUUGGUGUGCUUAGAAACAUAUCCUUGCAUGCUUCCCACUCGUAAGACAAGUCUCAAUUCAUCCAGACUAAAUCCCCGGGCAACUCCAGCCAUUUCUUUUCUCUAAAUAGCAUUUGGCCAAGUCCUGAUCUUGUUGGAGUUUGAAUUAUUCCUGUCUUCGGGGGAUGUCUUCUGUGAGGGCCUGGACUCUGCAAGUUUUCAUCAGUCCUGAUGAGGAUUUGGACAGCCUGCAGUGCAUGGUUAGAUCACUGAGUUAUUACUGAGGGAGUGGGGAGCCCAUCCAGCCACCGUGCUCAUACUGAUCAUUCCACAGAACAAAGCUGAUCCAUUCCUGUUUGUAAGUGUUUAGUGAGUAGGUUACACAAUAGGUUCGAGAUUUGUGCACUCCCAGUCAAGUGACGGAGAAUUCCUAUCUCCUAAUAAUUUUCUAUUUAUGUAUGUAGUUCACCUCUUGUUUACCAGUGACAUUGCAACAGUUUAGAAGUUUUGCAUGAUUCUUGUUCUCCAACUGCUGCUCGGACCUCCUGCUGUUCUAUUGUUUGCUUUUAUAUAAAAUUAAACUGCGGCCAAUGAUGUGGUUUAUCUCUCACAA